GCCGGGUUGCCCUACCCGCCGCGCUGUUGGUCGGGCAGGGCCCGUCCUCCCGAGCCUGCCCGUCUGCCCCUCGUCUCCACCACCGUUCAGGCGUUCACCUCUCCUUCCUUCUCACGGCACACUACCACUCCGGCGAAACCCCAAGCGCCACCCGCUUCCCCCCAGCCCCCUCCUCCUCCUCUUCCCUGCGCCGCCGCGGCUAUGCUCCUCUCGGGACCGCCGCCGGCGCCCACCCCGCCGCUGCUCCUCCCGGAGAGCAGCGGCGAGGACGGCGGCCACGACUCCUCCUCCCGUGCGGCGGUGGUAGCGACGGGAUCGGCGGGGUCGGCCCCGAAGAGGCGCGCGGAGACGUGGGUCCGGGAGGAGAUCCUCUGCCUCAUCGCUCUGCGCCGCGAGAUGGACUCCCAUUUCAACACUUCCAAGUCCAACAAGCACCUCUGGGAGGCCAUCUCCGCCCGGAUGCGGGAGCAAGGGUUCGAUCGCUCCCCUACCAUGUGCACCGACAAGUGGCGCAAUCUCCUCAAGGAGUACAAGAAGGCGCGCAGCCACGCGAGGAACAACGGCGGCGGCGCCGGAGGGAAUGGCAACGCCAAGAUGGCGUACUACAAGGAGAUCGACGACCUGCUCAAGCGCCGCGGGAAAGCGAGCGGCAGCGGCGGCUGCGUUGGCAGCGGCAGUGUUAGUGUUAAUGGCGCCGGGAAGAGCCCCACGUCCAAUUCCAAGAUCGAGUCCUACCUGCAGUUCACUACAGAUAACGGCUUUGAAGAUGCCAACAUUCCCUUUGGUCCUGUUGAAGCAAAUGGUAGAUCGAUAUUGAGUAUCGAUGAUCGUUUGGAGGAUGACAGGCAUCCGCUUCCCUUAACAGCUGCUGAUGCAGUUGCAACCAACGGUGUGAACCAAUGGAAUUGGAGAGACACCUCAACUAACGGUGGAGAUAAUCAGGGCACUUUUGGUGGGAGAGUCAUUUUUGUCAAGUGGGGUGAUUACACUAAAAGAAUAGGAAUUGACGGUACUGCUGAAGCAAUUAAGGAAGCCAUCAAAUCAGCAUUUGGACUUAGAACAAGACGUGCUUUCUGGCUUGAAGAUGAAGAUGAGGUUGUUCGUACCUUGGACAGGGAUAUGCCAAUUGGAACAUACACACUUCAUCUUGAUGAUGGGGUGACAAUCAAACUCUGUGAUGCAAACCGCAUGCAGACCCCAGAAGACAAGACAUUCUACACUGAAGAUGACUUCCGAGGUUUCCUCGCACGGCGUGGUUGGACACUCCUCAGGGAGUAUGGUGGAUAUAGGAACGUUGAAAGCCUGGACGAUCUCCGUUCUGGUGUGAUUUACCAGGGGGUGAGGUCACUUGGGGAUUGAUUUUGCGACAUCCUCCUGGGCAAAGGAGGCAUUGUACUGUGUAUGUCGAAGUGGAAGCGUAGCAUGGUACUACCAUUCAGUGUAAUUCGAGUCAAGCCAUCCUUUAUUCUCAGAUGACGUGUAAAUAUAGCCGGCGAACACUGUUAACCAGAAUGUAAAUGCAGAAUAGUUGAGUAUAUGGUAUUGGAUUGUGCAGUAAGUGAUCCUCUAGACAA